GAAGGCGAUUAAAAAAUUGUAUGUUGCGGCGCCAUUGCGUCAGGUCGCUUUCGGAACGCGUGCGUAGAUGUGGAUUGGCGCGCAUGAAUUUGAGCGUAACGUAUGACAUUACGAUACAUAGUAAAAAAAGGCCACACGUGUGUGACUCCGCGGGAGGGAAAUUUGAAAAAAGUGUCGUGUCGAAGUGGGUGUGCACAAAGUCAAAAAGUGACGACACGGAAUUAAUUUUUUAUACUCAACUAAGCUUAUUACAGAAUAUAUAGUUGUAGAACCGUGGAUCCAAACCAGCGGAAUGUGGCACGAGAAUCAUCAUUCUUAUCUUCACCAACAUCAUCAUCUUCAUUCUUUUUUUCUUCUUCAUCACCAUCAUUAACAGCUUCCUUACUGCUGUAACGGAUGAAGAAGUGGCCUCGUGAUAAAGUUAAUAUUAUUUGAGGAUGAUGAUUUAUCAAGCUCAGAGAAGAAUGCAGCACCGAGAGUGGAGAUACACCUAGCAGACAGGAGCAAGAUUAAUUGGCAGGAUCCUGGAAGCAAUGCCGACUAGGUACUCGAGUGGAGGAGAAAAGAGUAGACCGGCGUUGCAGCCCCCUUAAGAGACGAAAGAUUUGUUCGCUUUGUUGCCUCUGAUAUCCACCUACUAAACGAAUGAGAACUCGGUACGAUCAAAAAGAAACAUCGAAUAUGAAAGUGCAGAUCAAUUAAAGUUAACGAGCCAAGAUUAUAGAAAAAAUGACAAUCGAUUCGGAUUGGCUAGGUAUUCCGGACACUGUUGCUUUCUUUUACACGAGAGUUCAUUCAAUGAUCUGGAAGAAUCGGUGAUGUGAUCGCAAACAUUGACGAUUAUCGAUCGAGAUGGCGGUGUUGGUUUGUAGCAACUCGUUGAGCCCGGGUACAUAGAUUCGGACCAAUAGAACUACUUGGUGCCAUACCCGGUUUAAAAGAACAGAUAGGUAUUAAACCUAAUAUCAAACAUUCUCGUCCUCUCUAAAAACCAAGUCCAUUUAUUCGGGGAUCAACUGACUAGAAACUGAAGCGCAGUUACAAUUGUCAACGCGUUUCUUAAUACUAGCUACAUUAUACGGGUGCCAAACUCGAUACCAAAGAAAAUAUCGGUAUCAAAUUCAGUAUCAAAAAAGAUAUAUUAUUUGACAUACGAGAUUCAGUUGGCGAGGUUCUAAAAUGUAGGGAACAGACUUAGAUUUAGUGAUAAUCAGGUUCGAGUUCGUAACUCAGAGAAAUCAUUUCUCUGUUGAUUAUCAUACUUGUCCUAGUGUUGAGAGUCCAAAGUUUACUUGAAUUUCUGUAUCUACUUUUGCAUUGCAUAAAUUUUGCUAUAUGACAUGUGACCCGUAAAGCUUCGCCUCGAGUAUUCAGCGUCGAGUAAUGCUGAAGCAUAUCCUGACGGGGCAGCCGUCAUCCGCGGGCUCCAGACAUCAUCAUAAUGAUUACCAAACAUCUGGUGCACUGCCUUUGUCCGGCAACUUGCACCAGCUUCACCAAGAUCAUAAUCAUUUGAGCGGACGUAACACACGCAACGGAAGUGACGUAUACGAUUCGGUAGUUCAUCCAACUGCCCAGCGACCUACAGGACCACAGUUCCAUCAGCCAACUGCAACUACUCCCUCAUCGGGAUACCGGCAUCCCCUUAACCACUCACAAUUGAGCGUAAAUAAUCUUUCUCAAAGGUUAAAUUAUACACAAAACUCCCAUACUCUUAACCUAUCAACCCUCUCGACGUCAAAGCAUUCUGUGAACAGCGCCAGUCCCGUUGUUGGAGGAAAUGAUAACAUUGGUAGUGCUGGGGCCCAUACAUUAAUGUCCCAUGGGAACCAAGAGAAGCCAAAAAUCAAUGGAGGAUUGGGCAUCUCUAGGAUAUCAAAGCUGCCCAAUCAACCUACGCCGUCACCUAGUUCUGUCCAAGUCCAACCUAUUAUCCAAGUGUCUUCAGGACCGAAUAUUUUACCCUUGAAUAAUUCCUGGUCUACUACAUUUUCCAGGAGCAAGAUACAAGAGACAGGUGUCAAAGAGAUGCUAACCAGUUUAGGAUUAUUGUGUCUCGUUUCUUUAUUAUUGGCUUUGCUAUCCUUGACGUUCUUACUCAAGAUUUCGCCUAUUACUGCGGCCACAAGUACGUUGAUUAGUCCUGAGGAGUAUGCUAUUGUCUAUCAAGUUACUCUAGCACUGUGCGCUCUGGCACUGUCUCUAAAUCUGUGUUGUCUGCUCGUCUGCGCCAUUCAAUUCCUGUUUGCUGUUAAGCUCGUGAGGUCUUCAUAUCAAGGAAAUCGGUGAGUUUCUUAAAUUAAAUAUUCUAGUAAACCGAAACUAGAACCUGAUGAAUUUACGCUUACAUCGUAAAGGAUUUAUCCUAAUUAUAUAAUGAUAAGAAUUUAAAAAAUAAACAACAGAAAAUGCUUAAAACAUAUUGCAGUGUGACCGCCUUUAGAAGUUAAAAUUAAGAUUUUCUUUUUUAAUGAUAGUAAUAUCUUUUUGUAGCUGAUAGUACUACAUCAGAAUAAAUAGAUGUAAUACACUACGUUGAGAAUACGUAUUUUC